AUGGAUUGGAAAACGCUGCAGGGGCUGCUCAGCGGGGUCAACAAGUACUCCACAGCCUUCAGCCGCAUCUGGCUCUCCAUGGUCUUUGUCUUCCGUGUGCUGGUCUACGUGGUGGCGGCCGAGAAGGUCUGGGGCGACGAGCAGAAGGACUUUGACUGCAACACGCGGCAGCCGGGCUGCACCAACGUGUGCUAUGACCACUUCUUCCCCGUCUCCCACAUCCGCCUCUGGGCCCUGCAGCUCAUCUUUGUCACUUGUCCUUCCCUCCUGGUCAUCAUGCACGUGGCCUACCGGGAGGACCGCGAGAGGAAGAACCGGGAGAAGAACGGAGAGAAUUGCCCCAAGCUCUACAGCAACACGGGCAAGAAGCACGGCGGGCUGUGGUGGACCUACCUGUUCAGCCUCUUCUUCAAGCUUGUCAUAGAGAUCCUGUUCCUCUUCCUCCUCCACAAGAUGUGGGACAGCUUCGAUUUGCCACGGCUGGUCCAGUGCACCAACGUGGAUCCCUGUCCCAACACCGUGGACUGCUACAUCGCUCGGCCAACCGAGAAAAGGGUCUUCACCUAUUUCAUGGUUGGAGCCUCCUCCAUCUGCAUCGUCCUCACCGUCUGUGAGAUCUUCUACCUCAUCUUCAAGCGAGUUGUCCAGAGGACAAGGAAGUGGAGGAAAUCCAAGCGCUCCGUCAGCUACAGCAAGGCCUCCACCUGCCACUGCCACGUCAAGUCAGAGGAGAAGGAGACCAAGUCCCAGCCGAGAGGAGAAGAGCUGUGACCUCACAUCCAUCCCAGCCAGUUCACAUUCCCCUCAACUUGGCUUUUCCAGCCUGGCAAAUCCCUGAACCCUCAAGAGUUGUGUGAAAACUGACUAAACCCAACAAAGUAAUGUCCCUGGAGAGAGACCCACGGGUGCCUGAGCAGACACAGGUAAGGCAAGGGACACCUGGAGCUCUGCAGGUGGCAGUGCCACAAGCAUGGACAUCACAGCAGCGCACAGAUCCUCGUGUCCAGAGCUUCUCUUGGGUCCUGCUGCUCUAUGCUGGGUGUGAGUGCCCCCAGCUGGUGCCCAGCCAGGGCUGGUGUCACCCAGUGUGUGCCAGUCCUCCCAGCUCACCGUGCCUCACACAUGCACUGCUUUCUUUUGUACCAAGAAACCAAAGGAAUUCUGGGCUCCGUGGCCAGAGCUCUCUUCGUGCACCCAAAGUAACG